GUCAAUUUCAUAAUGAAACUUAAAGGGACUUUACUUAAAGCUGUCUUUAGGCAAAAUGUCGUAUGUUGGCAUUACUGAAUGUGAUUCAUUUGACCUAAAAUUGAGAGUAGCGCCAUAUUUAACCUCUAUUUUCCUUCCGACAUUGUUUGUGUUUACGUUAAAAGUGUCUCAGUUAUAACUAUUCUCCUAUUUUGAAAAAUUGAAGAUGAUGGAAAUAAAUCAAAAUGGUAAAAGAGUUCGCUCUUCAAAUUUUUCUAAAGAAGAGGAACUCUUGCUGGCAAAUGAAGUACUCAAGUACAAAAAUAUAAUCGAAUGCAAGACAACAAAUAAAACUUCGAACGUUGAAAAAGAAGAAGCAUGGAAGAAAGUCGAAGAUGGCUUCAAUGCUAAAAAUUUCCACUACAGAAGUUUACAGCAGUUGAAGGCCAAAUUCGACAAUUUGAAAACAAAGGCCCGAAAAGAGGUGGCUCAACAAAAAAGCUAUUUAUAUGGGACUGGUGGAGGCCCUUCCGUUAAAGUGUUAGACCCUAUAACGGAAAUAAUAUUAGAUAUAAUAAAUUUCAAAACUGUUGUGGGCUUUCCAGCCCUAACAGACAGUGACGCAGCAAUAUGCGAUCCAAUAUGGGUAAAGCAUCCCUUAAUAAUGACAUUACUUAUUUGUAAUGCCAUUACUUGCUUUGUUCGCAGAAUUUCAGAUCAUCAUAACUUUCAAAAUCUUAUACAAAUGUUUUUAUUUUCAUUACUUGUAAUACCAAUUUCAGACAAGGAGGAGAAUCAAUUGCUGGAUUCAAAAGACAUAGAUGAACAAAUAACAGAAAACGCAAGUAAUGCCACCUAUAAAUCCCCUUCUCCCGAUAUAGUGUUGAAUGAGCCAGAAGGAAGAAACUGGACUUCCUAUACACCGAAAAAUUUGAGAGGGAAAACCUGUUCAAAAUUAAAGAAAGGUAAGAUUAACCCUAACAGGAAUGAGGAGAGUGCUCGGGAAAAAUAUUACAAGAAAAAGUUGGAACUUCUCAUCGAGGCAGAGGAAAGGGCAAAAGAAGAACAUCGGCGCAAGUUAAUUGCGUUAGAUUUGGAUAUUGAAAUAAAAAAAAAAGAAUUAAAUAAAGCUAAUCUUUGAA